UCUCUCUUUUUUUCCCCAAGUUAGCGUUCCAGCGUGUGUAAAGUUAGAAAGCUGUUUUAUCCCUUUUUAUCCUCGUCUCUCUCUGUUUUACACCUGAAACUGAACGCAGAUUUGUUUUCUUCUUGGUUCAACCUCGAAUCUUUUAAUGUGAGACACCUUGAUCCAGUCUUCACUAUCAGCCUGCAGCCUCACCUGUCUGACAGCCUGCAUAAACACUCAGAAAACAUCCCACCCAAACCAGCAACAUACAGCUGCAAAUUCUCUACAAGGUAGCAGGAGCAGCAACAAGUCAGUGAAACAGCCUGCAAGUUAUUUUGUCCAUAGAGGGCCGCACUGAAAGAGAGCCAUGUUGAUCAUCCUAGCCUUCAUCAUCCUUUUCCACAUGGCUGCAGCCAUCAUACUCUUCGUUGCUACUAUUCAUAAUGCAUGGUGGAUUGUGUCUCCGAGUGGACGUGAUGUAAUUUACUCUGACUUGUGGUACUCCUGUAACUCCACCUGUUACCCCAUUGAGAACAGCCACACUGCUGAUGCAGCUUAUCUGCAGGCAGUCCAGGCCACUAUGAUCCUGGCCAGCAUUUUAUGUAGCGUCAGCUUCUUCGUCUUCCUCCUUCAACUCUUCAGGAUCAAGCAGGGAGAGCGAUUCAUUUUUACAGCUAUUAUCCAGCUGUUGGCCUCUCUAUGUGUGAUGAUUGCAGCAUCCAUCUACACAGCUGAGCAUAAGAGUUUUCAUGUGCGCAGUCUCCAUCAAGGCUCCUAUGGCUCCUCCUUUGUUCUGGCAUGGAUCAGCUUCCCCAUGACUCUCAUCAGCGGCCUCAUGUACCUGGUGCUCCGGAAACGCAAAUAGAUGGGAAUCGCUUACAACACAGGAUAUUCAGACAUUUAGAUAGAAACUUGGACAGAUACAAACAUUUAUAUAAACAUUAUUUUGCUAACCCUACCAUUUCUUUUAAGUAUUGAAAUAAAAAAAGAAAAAAAAAAACACCAAAAGCAUAGCAAACCCUGUGUUAUUUUAAGGCACAUGUUCAGAACUGGACAUCUCCCUAUAUGAUAUUGAGCAACAGAUUUGUGUCGAUGUGGCAUUAACAUGGUCAUGGUGCCCUCCUCCUUCUUGAAGGUGUGAUGUUCUCACUAAAUGCUGCAAAGAUAUAGCAGUACCAGAUUUACCCUCAUUUUUCUGCUUUUAUUUUUCUGAAAACUUUUAAGAUAAAAGAAAAAAAAUGCACCAAAAAUGCCUCAACUGAAAAGUGUCGGGUUACUUUUGCCAGCUCAGUCCACUGUGCUGGAUAACUUAAUUCACGUGUAGCAAAUGCACACCACAUGCAGCAGCAUUCAUCCUUUACUUACUGCUCAGCGUUGGCGCCUGAAGCUCGUUGUAGCAUUUUCUGAGAACAUCCUGCAUCUUUACCAAGCUGUGUUUCCGGAAGUCUCCUCUUUUUGUCUUGUUGUUUCCUGUUGCCCCCCAGUGGCAUUAACUUUUCAUAGGAAUAUUUUGACAAUUGUCUGACUGGGACACGACACCUGGAUUCACCAACGAGUCCAUUAUUAUUAAGGAGACUUAACGUGAUUUGUUUUGUACAUAUUUGAUGUGUAUGCAUAGUUCAUCUUAGAUUCUAGUAAUAAAAAAAAACAAACAAAAAAAGAACAUGUUAAUCAUGAUAAACAUGAAGUGUAGUAAAGUUGUAGUUCCAAGUUAAAAUGUAGGAUUUUAAUCUCAUUAAUUUUUUUUGUAUUAUUUCAGUACUGAUUUGUGUUUUAAUAGUGAAAAAGAAACCAAUGACGUGCUGCGAUAUUUGGGAUUUAAAAUGAAAAAAAAAGAAAAAAUGGAAACAUGCAAACUUGAAAUAAGAAUGAACAUUUCUUUGUUACAAUUAUUAAUUACUUUUUUGUUCAGUCUCUCUGAUAAAAGUCAAAAGCUAUUUAUUGUUUUAAAAAAACCACUGUUUUGUUUGUAUUUUAGCAUAACGUUACUGAGGAUAUAUGAAGUAAUGAAGUCUUGCCAUAUUUCCCCUCUCUGAGCAGGCUACUGUUGGUCCAUUGCUGGGACAUUUCAGCAGAAUAUUACCAUUUUGCCCCAACCUUUUACCAGUCAUCAAUUUCCCUAAAUCGUUUCUAACAGCCUUUAUAGUCAUAUUGGUUGGUGUUGGCAUUUGGGGGUGGAACAUGUUGGGAAAGCAGCAGGGAUAUUAAUUUUACAGCUGACAUAACCAGAAAAUUCGCUGAAGCAAAUGUUCAGCUCACAAAAGUGAUUGGAUCACAGAGCCUGGUAACUGACAAGCUAAAAAAUAUUAACCAUCGAGGGGAAAAGACAUGGAAGUGAUUUUAUUAUGCUCUGCUAUCUCAAGCUGAUACUUGAAAAUAAACAAAUGAUAUAAGAUACCAUAGAUUAUGAUGUUUAUUGUGGAUUUUGGUUAAAUUGUCAUCUUUAGGGUUCAUUUUAAGGUUUUCAUCUUUCAGAAAAUCCCCAAAUUAAUGCAGAGGUCAAAAUUGGCUGUUAGUGUCUUCUUUAAAAAUCUUGAAAUUAGUCUCAAACCAUCACAAUGUCUUAAAGACUUGACUUUUUGGAGACACUAUGAAACGCAGGAGCAUGCUGACAAAUGAGCACAAGCUAUUGAAACCAAAACUGUAUUGAACAUUGUUUUAUUUUUAUUUAAAAAGAUGUUUUUGGUGAAGUAUUAAUUCCACAUUUAAGGAUUUCAUGUCGCUCUAUCAUUUUUUAAGAGGUUUAAUUAAAUAAUUUUGUUUUAUUGCAAGGAAUUAAUUUUUUCCUGUUAUAUUUGAUCAAUUCUUAUAUGCAUUCUGCAUUCAUUAUUUUGUAGUGAUUAAAUGACAUGAAGCUAUUUAUUUUGACCUCUGGUGCAACAUCAGUGGCAGCUCCAGUCCUCUUUUAAAUAAUCAUGUAUCAAACAUUCAGUUUAAACUACACCAAGUGGACUGAUGUAAAACUGCGCCAUGUGUGCAUUUUGGUUUUAAGCUUCAGAAUUUUGCCCCUCACCUGUUGAAAAAGAUCUCAAUAAAUCUAAAUGUAUACAUCA